CUGAAUUUAUUUUUCCAAGGGUGGCGAAAGUGAGCUCAGAGGAUUGUGGGUGAGCCAACAAAAGGCUGCAUGCCUUCAUAGGCUCCACCAACAGCUGUCCAAGUGAGACUGCACAGCAGAGCGCAGAGGAGGGGAAUGGGUCCGAGUCCGACGGCGCACAGAGCAGCAGCUGAAGCCCACAGCCGAUGCCGCUCCACUGGAGGUUCCCAGAGCCCAACACAAGUCAAACAAGCAUUCAGCGGAUUUGUUUAACCUCCCUUUGUUGGGAAAGCAGUCAAGAAACCAAUCCAACAGGAGGUGAGGAUGUCUUUGCAGGAGCUGCCGGGCUCUUUUGGAGUCAUGUUCCCGGCGUUCUCUCUGCCCAUGAAAGCGGAGCGCAGUCGGAAUAAGGAGCGUCUGGAGGCCAGUCUGGCCGGGCUGUGUGAGCUGGAGCUGCUCAAACAGAGGCAGGAAUGCCGGGUCCUGAGCGCUCUCUGCCUGGGGGACUCUCCGGUGUCCGGGCGCACAGCUUGGGGAGCUCUGCGGUCCGCACGCUGCGCCAUGGACGCACCAAACGGCGACGCGUCAGCGGAGUACGGCCUCAGACUGCAAACUAGCAGUCUCCAGUGUACACCAUGGGGUAUAAUGGCGUCUUUGGAGCAGCAGGUGGCAAAACUGAAGGUGAACACUGAGGUUAAAUUGGCUGAUUUCCCUGUUGAUCUGGAGGACAGCCAACUCAUUUCAGGAGAUGGGUUUUUAACAAAGCAAGAUGGACCUGAAUCAGAUUAUAACCCCAGGAUUCCUCGUUCCUUCUCAGCUCCUGAUGGGACCGGGGAGACAGAACCAGGGAACACAUGGCUCUUAGAUCUAAGCAGGGGAACAGUAGCUACAGAUGCUUUGGGGGAGGUGAAGACUGUCGAUCAUAGUCAGGAGGGAUAUCAGCAAGCCCAAAAGGUAGAGACAUAUAUUUUUGGAUUGAUCCAGCGCCGAGCUCUACCCCCGCGGCCUUCCAAGCCUCGUACCAGCUUGGCACAUGACACCCGAGCAGUCAGUGUGGUGAGGCAGAGUAGUUUAUGCCGCAAAGAGGAGCAACAUUCACCAAAGCAAGUGCCAGUUCAAGGAGGGCAAGAGAUUUCUACUCCGAUCACCAGUCAGUCCCAAGAAAGAAUGCCACCACAGGCUUGCCAUAACUUGGAUCAGGAGCGUUAUUUGGGAACAGGGUUCAAUGAAGAAGCCCCACCCCCUUACCAUCACAUCCAGCCAAGUGUCCAGCAUCAACCUGGACAUUAUCACAAACCCAAGCAGGCCCCGAUGGUUAGCAGCACCCGUUCAACCUCCUUGGAUUACCCAUCCUGCAGAGUGCUCCAGGGUCAUGCAGACUCUAGCAACAGUGAACCAGAUUCCCCGCAGAAUUUCCCCAACUACCCUUCUCCUACAGCUCUGCCAAAGCCUCACCAACUUCCUCCAACUGAUGAGCAGCUGGUCAAUGCUGAGUAUAUCCCAGCCCAGCCCUGCCGAGCCUCCACCAGAACGUACGCCCAUCACCACUCCAGCACCAAUAAGGGCUCCGGAACAUCCAAACCUAAUCGGAGCACAUAUUCUCCAGAGAGAGGCCAUCACCAUCCAGAGCAGCAGAUCCAGUCGUCCAGAUCCAGAGGCGGUGCCAAGAAAUGUCGCUCUAAUGAGGAAAAAAGCGGUGCUACUAGGAAGCAGGGAAAGAAAGCAUGUAGGUCUCAAUCUGAGAACAGCCUGCAAAGGGUCCCGGAGCGCAAGUACAACACAGUAGAGAGGGACGGCGCAGGAAGUGGAAGUGGAAGCAGGGGAAGUCGUAGUAGUCAGUCCAGGAGCAAGAAGCAGCAGCAGCAGCAAGGAAAUGGAAGCUAUCGCCGCUGGCAGUCCACGUUGGAGCUCAGCCAAGAUGAGGCUGACCAACCGCCUGCACAGCCGCCCAUGCAUGGCCCUUCAGCCUCAAACCAAAGGGACCAUUGUUCAAGGCGCACUCGCAAAUCUCGCCCUUCGCAUACAUCAUACGCCUACCCCAAUCACAAUCACAACCACCACCAUCACCAACACCAACACCACUCCCACCAUCACCAGCACAUGGAGUACCAGCUGGAGAGGGACCAGGUGCCACUGUGUCAGCCCACUGAGGACUACCCUCACCCAGGUCAGGGUGAGUCUGAGUCCAGCAUGAGCGAGGCUGACUCCCCAGAUUCCAGCUCUUUGUCCAGUGACUCAGAUGAGAGCGGUGGUCUGGUUUGGCCUCAGCAACUUCCACCUCAACUUUCCCACCCAUCCCCCUCAGCCCCACCUGGAGCACCUCUACAGCCUAAAGCUUUUGUCAAGAUAAAGGCCUCACAUGCCCUCAAGAAGAAGAUCCUGCGCUUCCGUACUGGUUCGCUGAAAGUAAUGACCACAGUAUAAAGUGGAAUACUGGCCAGCAUCUAUGGGAUAUUAUGUAUUGUUGGUGAGAGAGUUUCUUUUUACCUUGAGGGACCAUUAGCUGUAGAGCUUUGGACUCUGAAGAAUGAUGGACUACAAAUGUGAUUGUAAAAUUCACUCUGUAUAUAAAGGUGCUAUUAGUUACCUAAAUUAAUAGAGUGGUUUUAGAUCAGACCUAAUGAACAAUGAAGGAAAUAUCUAUCACUAAAUCAACCUUUUUGUUUGUUGGUAUAUUAAAAUGUAAAUAAACUCUACUAAAAGUGUCACAUUUAGGACAAAGGGUACUUUAAUUUGGCCACAUUGGCCCCUAAAUAGCACCCUUGCAUACAUACACUCACUACUGCUAAUGAUAGAUGUUAAGUCAUUGAAAGCUUUACAGAUCAGUAACAACCAUAAUGCAUACUUGAAAAGUAUGGAUUAUCAGUCACCAUGGAAAUGAAGGAUCUUUGAGACUAUUUCUCUAUUAUUUAAGGGAUCCUAAAAUAACACUAACUGUGCACAUCAGGAACUUAUUAUUAACACUAGUAGAAAGUACUGAAACGGGACACAGAUUCAUUAUGUCCUGUUUUUUAUCUUCACUUUUAUUACAGAGGUGAUGUAUACCUGUUAUUAUGAAGUUGUUAAGUCAGACUGUAUAUAAAUAACAGAUAAUAACUUAAGUCAAGCAACCAAAACUUAAUGCUUUCUACAUGUUUGUGUUUUUCUUCAUAAACAUACGGCUUUUAAAUGUUUUGUGGACAGAAAGUAAUUUAUGUGUCAGACAUGGGGAAAUGUAACCACAGUAGAUAAAAUGAAUGGUUGUGAAAGAGUGGAUUGUUCAAACAAUGUUCUUGUGAGACAUUUCAUCUGGAAUUUGCGGUUGAGAUAAAUCUCAUUGGAGGAAAAAAAGUGACUUUUGCAGAAAAGAAGUCUGUAAAUCUUUGACAUUUUACUGUAGCAGCUGAGACAAUCCAGCAAGACACCGCAGUGAACAGAUUUAAAGCAUCUUUUAGGAGUUUUGGUGAGGAAAAAUAAUCACAGUCACAUAUUUUAAGUCGUAAAUUGCAGUUUCUACUGUUUUAAUGUUAAUAAUAGGUAGAAACCUCAACCAGCCCAAAGAAUGUAAUUAAUGUUAUAAUGUCACUUUGAAUAUUUGGCAGUAUUAUCAUUUAAAGUGCACUAUCCCAUCUAUUAUCAACUGUUUUUGUAUGAAAUUUGUCUUUGAAAAUGCGGUGUUUGUAUUAAAAACU